CAAUUGAGUUGCUUCGCCUAGAAUUCGCCUAGAAUUAUCCAGAGAACUGCCUGUAGACGUAUAAAUAUAUAAUACCUUGAUUCGAGAAAACACAGGAGGCCUUCAAUCCGAUCCGGUAAAGAGGCCAUGGCUGCCAAGCCGGUUCCCCAGAUCCUGCGGCUGAACGACGACUGUCUGGACGAGAUCUUCGACCGCCUGAUGGACCUCCCGACCGAAGUGUCCUUCGCGAAAACUUGCCAGCGACUGCAGCACAUCUGUCUGGCCAAGUGGCGCACCAGCCGUGCCUACGAGCACCUCGAUCUGGACAAGUGGCGGGAACUGCUUCCCAACUAUGAAGAUCUGGUCUACUUCCUCACCCAGAUGCGACCGCACAUUAGGGAGGUGUCGGUCAGCAGCUGUCUGUGCGCCGUUUUAAAGGAUCUGGAUGAAAUGCACAUUGCGGAGCUGCCCCUGGUGGCCAGCUUCUACUACGAUCCCGAGGACGUGGACUGCUAUCCCUCGAACCGGAGCAUCCGCAAACUGGGCCAGCUGCUGCCGGGACUGCGUAAGUUGCGCCUCACCACGCCCAUCGAUGGGCGGUACCUGUCCCACUUCCAGCAACUUCAGGAGUUGCAUCUCUACGAAGAUCAGCACAAGGCGUAUGAGCUGCAGCAGGAGUACCUGGAGGAGGUGUGCCAAAAGCUGCAUGAUCUGCGGGUUCUGGACAUUCGAACGUACGACAUGAUCAGUAAACUUCAGCUGGGAAACUGCCUGCCGAGCCUCAGGAACCUCGUCGUUCUUAAGCUGAAUCUGGCCACCUUAAAACCCAUUCUGCCUGCCGUGUUAGAGCUGCCCUCCCUCAGAAAACUUGUGGUGCUGCUGGACAACGAGUGGCACAUCCCACCGCUGGUCAGUCCGGAUAGCUAUGACCACAAGAUCCGCGAGGUCAGCGAGUUCUACGAGAUCAUGGAGCGAAUGGCAAAGGACAUCGUGGGCUUUGCCGUGGACGGCUACUACAUGCCCCUGGAACCGGGCUGGGACGAAAAGCUGCCCAUUUGGACGCAUCGCAAGCUGAGGCGCAUGGCCAUUUGCAGCUGGACCCAUCCGGCAGACUACCUGGAGCGCUAUACCUGUAUGACAGACCUUCAGCUUCUCUGCCUCCGCAACUGGAACGACCUGAGCGACGAUAUUCUCAUAAGAUUCGUGGAACUCUGUCCAAGAUUAGAACAUCUUGACGUGUCCUACUGCCGAGAUCUUACGCCGAACUUUUUACAACGCGCCCUGAGUGUCCUUAAGCAGCGAGAACCGUACAAGCAGAAGCCAGGAUUUGGACGGUCGCCCCCUUUGCAGCUCUACUAUGAACUCAGUGGGUUCGAGGAUUUUGUGGAUAAAGCGAAUCUUAAAAGCUCUCCGGAAUAUCGGGGGUAUAUUGUUUUCACAGCCGACUUUCCCGUUGACUCGGAACGGGGACUAAGCUUUGUGGACCGGGGCUAUCAAUUUGAAUUUGACUGCCCCUAAAAUACAUAUGUAAAUAUACAAACAUAUAUACCUAAAAAUAUUUAUUAUUAAAAAUUAUGUUGCACAAAAGAA